AUGCCUGCGAAGAAAACAGGGACCCCUAAGAAGUCCAAGGAGCAAGGAGAAGAGAAGGGAAAGACACGACUAAGAGUGCGUACAGAGCGGGAUCCGAAUGUCGACCCGUUCUUCAAUGAAAUGCAGGAGAUCAGUGCGAAAGGAUUCUUUCCGAACAUGGAAGUGGACAAUCCAGAUGAAAGGCCUACUCUCCCAACUAAUACCAUCAUAACAACUAGAUCAAAUAGAUACGUUGUCAUAAAAAAGCUUGGAGCUGGAGGUUUCGGGGAUGUCUACGAGGUGACUCGUGAACGCGACAAUGGUCUACUUGCUAUGAAGACGGAAUACGAUGUUGAAGACGACACAUUGCAAAGACUAAAACGGGAAGUGCUAGUCUAUGAAGUCAUAAACAUGGCAAAAAGACAGAAUCCUCGCUCUGCUGAUCAUAUUCUGCACAUGGUAGACAAGGGCCAUAAUCAGUACUUCAAAUAUAUAAUCAUGCCAUAUACAGGCAAAUCUCUGGACUAUAUAAAAGAAAACGUUUUAAAAAGCGAGUUUGCGCCGCAUACCGCUAUUCAGAUUGCCUGUCAGACACAUCUUGCUUUGAAGAAUCUCCAUGAAUUGGGUUACAUCCAUCGAGACGUGAAGCCAGACAAUUUCGUUGUCGGCAGGUUUGAACAUAGAAAUGUUAUCUUCAUAAUGGACUUUGGUAUGAGCACGAAGUACGAAAAGACAACAUCCAACCUACCGAAAGAAUCGCGUUACAAAUUUAUUGGAACGCCAAAGUACGCGGCUCGUGCUACACAUCAAGGCCGCGUUGUCAAUAGGAAGGAGGAUAUGGAGUCCUGGUACUAUAUGGUUAUUGAGCUAUUCGGCACUGACUAUUUGCCAUGGAGUGACCUUGAAGACCUCGACAAGAUGUUUUUCUUGAAAGAAUGCUUUUUUGCCGGAAAAUAUGAUGCAGUAGUAUAUUGCGACACAGCCGUGCCGAAAGAUCUGAUCACUAUCAGAAAACUCAUCGAUGAAAUAAGCGGUGCCCAACGGCCGAACUAUGAGGAACACGAAAAAGUUCUCGAAAAAUUGGUGAAGGACUUCAAAAUCGACUACUAUGCACCGUUUGAAUGGGCAGAUGUGUUAGCAAAGCAUUUUCUUAACAAGGAACAAAAAGAAAUGGAAAACAGAGAGAAGGAAAUGCAAAGAAGGAUAGCCACUAUGAGAAGGGUUGGUACAAUAUGA